UGUGUCUGACGUGUGUGUCUCUUUAAAUCCCUGACGUGACGUGUCUCUAAGUUGUGAGUCUGCUGCCUGUGGCUCAGUAGUGACACUGGGUCUGCUCCGCGUUACCGUAGAGGAGUGACUAACUGGACCGCUGGACAUCAUGGGCAUCAAGUUCUUGGAGGUGAUAAAGCCAUUCUGUGCAGUGCUGCCAGAGAUCCAGAAACCUGAAAGAAAGAUCCAGUUCAGGGAAAAAGUGCUGUGGACGGCCAUCACGCUCUUCAUCUUUCUGGUUUGUUGCCAGAUCCCCCUCUUUGGCAUCAUGUCUUCCGACUCAGCAGAUCCAUUUUACUGGAUGAGAGUAAUUAUGGCUUCAAACAGAGGUACACUGAUGGAGCUGGGUAUCUCGCCUAUUAUCACCUCAGGCCUGAUAAUGCAGCUGCUGGCUGGAGCUAAGAUCAUCGAAGUUGGCGACACACCAAAGGACAGAGCCCUCUUUAAUGGAGCUCAGAAAUUGUUUGGAAUGAUCAUCACCAUUGGUCAGGCCAUCGUAUAUGUGAUGACUGGCAUGUAUGGGGAUCCGUCAGAGAUGGGUGCUGGAAUCUGUCUGCUCAUCAUCAUUCAGCUCUUUGUGGCUGGGCUAAUUGUGUUGCUGUUGGACGAGUUGCUGCAGAAGGGCUAUGGUCUCGGUUCAGGGAUUUCGCUUUUUAUUGCUACCAACAUCUGUGAGACGAUCGUCUGGAAAGCCUUUAGCCCCACAACUGUGAACACCGGAAGAGGCACAGAGUUUGAGGGAGCAAUCAUUGCUCUUUUUCACCUGUUGGCCACACGCACAGACAAAAUCCGUGCUCUGAGAGAAGCCUUCUACAGGCAGAACCUACCCAACCUCAUGAAUCUCAUUGCCACAGUAUUCGUCUUUGCUGUAGUGAUAUACUUUCAGGGGUUCAGAGUGGAUCUGCCCAUCAAGUCAGCUCGUUAUCGGGGCCAGUACAACACCUACCCAAUAAAGCUGUUCUACACCUCUAACAUUCCCAUCAUCCUUCAGUCUGCGUUGGUCUCCAACUUGUAUGUUAUCUCCCAGAUGCUUUCUACACGCUUCAGUGGCAAUUUCCUCGUUAAUCUGCUUGGAACUUGGUCUGACACAUCAUCUGGCGGUCCAGCCCGUGCCUACCCAGUCGGUGGACUCUGUUACUACUUCUCCCCACCAGAGUCAUUUGGUUCCAUUCUAGAUGACCCAGUCCACGCAGUCAUCUACAUCAUCUUCAUGCUUGGAUCAUGUGCCUUUUUCUCUAAAACCUGGAUCGAAGUCUCCGGCUCCUCUGCUAAAGAUGUGGCGAAACAGCUGAAAGAGCAGCAGAUGGUAAUGAGGGGACACAGAGAAACCUCAAUGGUCCAUGAGCUGAACAGGUACAUCCCUACAGCUGCUGCCUUUGGUGGACUCUGUAUCGGUGGUUUGUCAGUAAUGGCUGACUUCCUUGGAGCAAUCGGCUCUGGCACUGGUAUCUUGCUCGCCGUCACUAUCAUCUAUCAGUACUUUGAGAUAUUUGUGAAGGAACAGAGCGAAGUAGGCAGCAUGGGAGCCCUCCUCUUUUAGAGACAUCAGUGUUUCCCACCUACAAGAUUUUAUUAGGACCACCAAUGUCUUGUGUAUUUUACAUUCAAGUGAAGCCAUGGCAUCAUCACCUCUGCAGAUCCAGAAUGUUUGAGGAAUCUUCUCAAGACUCAAAUGGGACAUUGGAAGAUUUGUGGAGGGAGCAACAAGCUGUGUAGCCCUGCCACCUCACAAAAAAACACAGUCAGACAUUUCAGUUGUUUUUUCUUACUGGACCCAAGAUCAGAUCAAAGAAUCCUUUAAACGCCUCAUUUUUGUAGUGAAUGAAAUCACGCAGGAACUUUGUCGUUUUUUACAAACUGAAGAGAUCGCCUCAGUGCGCACGCAUACUCCACUUGGAAAUGAUGGUCUGCUGCCUCUUAUGUGUAAACAAGCACUCGAUUGUCUGCUUGGUGUUAUUUAGUUUAUAAUCUUGCUUUAACUUUAUUUUUCUGUCAGUCUGCCUAUCAGGAGAAGCUGUGGACCACAAAAUGAAUGCUCAGACUCUGAGUCAAGUACUGUAUAUUGUUUUUCCUUUUUUGACCCUGAGUUCUAGCGUUUUUAUUAACAGGGUUUUGUAAGAAGAGGAUGUGGAGCUCACAUUGGGUUCUGCCUGUCAAGCUACAGUCACCUGAUGUCUGCUUCAAAAAUGGGUCUCACUGUUUUAAUGUAUGGCAUCCCAGGAAGCUGCAGUAUUACUUGUGUGUCGCAUUCAUUUUUGUUACCCACUUGCUACGUUUUAUUUUAAGUGUCUACUCUAAAUGCCUUCAGACUCUUCAUAUUGUUUUCUGUACAUAGACUACAAAUGAAAUAUCCGUGUAACAUAAAAUAUUUUGAAUUUGUAAAAAUAAAUACAUUUCAUAUCAAGCUUAUUAAAAAAACACAUUUUCAAUCAAA